AGGAGGGCCCUCAUAGCGCGUAUAUUCUAGGCUAACUGGAUCGCCCUUCACCCCACCUUGUUUGUUAUACAGUCCUUGAUCAAAGCCUCCCUGAGCACUUCAGUUUCUAGCUUUCUUCCGAAUCGAUUUAUGCGAUUUGUCUAUCGCUUCUUGGUCCGGCCAGCCCGAAAGACCCUCCGACCCCAACGACAAAUAAAGUAAAGACCAGCUGUCCAGUUGGUCAGCUGUUCAAAUCCAAAUCCUAGCGAUUAUUCUUAUUUAUAUAAUCCCCCAACCCUCUCUUUGACCCCGCCCCCGUCAACGAACGCAGGCUCCUUCCUCACAUACCAUAAGUAAAUGCCCACAAUCAUCUCCCCUAUUAUUUUCCCCCCACAUCCUUGCACCAAGCAUUUGGGUUCCUAUAUCUGCCCGCAUUCAAAGAAUCUGACUUCAUCCAUCUUCCCCGCAUUGAAGAUCUUAGCUUUAACCCCUCCCCUGAUAUAUUCCUAGUCCUGCACCGAGUCGAAGCAAAUCGGUUGAAUAGCUUUCUUUUUUUUGAAAAAAAAAAAAAAGUUCAACUGUCGUCCAAUUUUUACAUAUAAUAAGUGCAAAAACAUUAUGAAUAAGUGUAUUAAGCCCUCAUCUACGGCCCCUUCGAGGAGUCGAUUAUUAGGGAGACGGAUCAAGAAGAAGCAAUCAUCCAGGCUGGGCUUGGGUCGCUCAGGAACAAAACAACAGGUGGUGAAAAGGGCGGUUGUAGUAGAAGACUGGCCCCUGAUCUUGGUGACCGGAGCGAAUGGGUACAUAGGAUCACACGUGGUGUUGGAGCUAUUGAAGCAGGGCGAGUAUGGGGUGAUUGCCAUCGACAGUCUGGAAAACUCGAGCGCGGAGUCGUUGAGAAGGGUUCGAGAAUUGGCGAGCCAAGAGAAGAGUCUGGGCGCCCACCAUCCGCCUAUCUACCACCAUCAGACCGACAUUCGAGAUCGUCGAGGAAUGCUGGCGAUCUUUCAAGGAUACCGACAACGAGAUGGCCGGAAUGCAAUCCGACACGUCAUCCAUUUUGCCGCUUUGAAAUCAGUCGAGGGCUCCAGGUUGAACCCUGCCGGCUAUUAUUCGACCAAUGUCUUGGGCACCGCCGGCUUGCUUGAAGUCAUGAAAGCCAGUGGGGUCAAUUCGCUCGUCUUCUCUUCCUCGGCGGUAGUCUAUGGCUCCCGCGCUGGCCGUCCGGGCGGCCCUGGCCACUCGUCAACCGAUCUACUCGCCGAAUCACGCUGCCCCGUUCGAGCUCACCAACCUGAGGCCGAACGUCAGGCAAAUUACGCGCGGAUCACUAACACCUAUGGCAAGACUAAGCUGAUGUGCGAGGAGUUGAUCCACAAACUGUGUUACGAGCAUGGACAGUCCACCAAUUCUGAGGAAAACUUUCGCGCAGUCAUCCUAAGAUAUACCAAUCCCAGCGGGAAUGAUCCUAGUGGCCGGAUCGGAGAUAGUCCGACUUAUCCGGAAAAUUUGAUGCCCAUCGCUGCACAGGUAUUGCAGGGCACCCGAGAGCAGAUUUCGAUCUACGGGGCUGAUUAUCCCACUCGCGACGGCACCGGCGUCCGCGAUUUUAUACAUGUUCAGGAUCUGGCAAAAGGCCAUCUGGCAGCCUUGAGCGCAUUCCAACCGAAAGGAAACAAAUUCAGUCGCGGCAUGUACCCGAACAACUGCCAAACCUACAAUCUGGGGACUGGCAAAGGUGCCUCGGUGAUGGAGGUUAUCCAAGCAUUGACCGAGGCUUCGGGCCGCCCGAUCAAGACGACGAUUGCACCACGAAGACCAGGCGAUCUGGCAACCGUGAUCUGCGAUCCCUCCAAGGCUGAGCUUGAACUGGGAUGGAAAGCGGAGAAGGGUGUGCUCGAAAUGGCAACGGAUCUGUGGAAGUUCUGUGUCUCAAAUCCCCACGGCCUACUGCCAUUGAAAGCCUCGAAAUAAAGCAAACGAACGAGAUGGGCUCAGCCUCUGUUCAGCUCCUGCUUCAGGGGAGCCCACAGAUCCCCAAGAACAUUCUUCCUCCCUUUCGAGCAAUCUUCAAGCGGGGCACAAUCCCACGUUGUGGGGCAGUACAUAUACAAAUCAGAUAUCUCUUCGUCUUUCCAAACUUAACAAUCAUCUACCACCCUCACUCACUUCGAAGCUUUCAGCUUUUUCUGACGAUGUCUUCGUAACACAAAGUCACUUGUCUCCACUCAUUCCCCCCCCCCCGUCCACGGCCUAUGUCCUAGUUGUUGGCGUGUAACCUAUUUUUCAUAUUCCUAUUUCUUGCUUCUGCUCUUCUACAUUUGUAUUACCUAUCUCCAAUAACUAUUCAAUCUUGCAGCUGGGACUGUCAGGUUGGUCUUCGUCUUGAUCAUCACAGUUUUCUUUUCCUUUAUUUUUCUUUCUCUGCCUUCUCCUAUCUUCGUUUUGUUCGAUCUUCUGUUUUGUUCAAAUACUCUUAGCUCAAAAAAAGUUUUCUAUAAGAAGAUUUAUUACCUAGUUCCUCAUUCAUUUUUUUGUUUUUUCUGCUUCUUCUUCCUUUUUUGUCCGAUUACAUUCCCUUAUAUACCCCGAUCAUACGAUGAUACAAAGUCUCCUAACCUUCCUUUUUUUUCUCUCUCUAACUUGAUAACAUCAACACAUCACUCGAUACUAUUUGAUUUGACACCUUCCUCAAAAAAAAAAAAAAGGAAAACCGCAACAGGUUUAAAAAAACCAAAAAAAAACUCGACUUUUCUUGAUCAUGAUGUACUAAUUUGUUCUCCGUAAUCCAACGUUUUCUUUUACAUUUAGUCUACAUAGUCAUUUUGUUUGUUCGAAGUGCGAUGUUGUGUGAAGAGAAAAAUGAAACAAGUGAUUGUUUUGACCAUGA